CCCGAGCGCAGUGCGACGUCGCAACGCGCCACGUGCGGUGUGUGUGAGAUCCGAACGCGCGAGGGACAGAGAGAAGAAGAGAGAGAAAGAGAGAGAGAGAGAGACCGUAUAUUAUUAUCGCCUGCAAGACAGCGCUACAUCCAUCGCUUCCUUCCGGUCCAGCUUGCUGCUGCGUCUCUCCAGGGUGCGGUAUCACGUAUGAGAAGAGAAGGUGUGACAUACAGUGCUGCGUUCGCUUGGGAUUGAGUACUUUUUUCUUUUUGUGGUGAUACGUGGAGUGAUGCGGAAGAUUCCUUUGUGCUAAAGAAUCCACGAUCAUCAUCAGUGCAAUAUCAAAGAACUAUAUACAUAAACUUAACAUGAGAUCGAGUUCAUCGUUCAAAGUAUGAUUCGAGUGCGCUUCAGCUCGUGAGAGAACCGCGUUAAUCGUCGGGACUCGGGGCGACACGGUCGAAGCUUGCGGGACGUUGCUGUUCCUGCUGGUGUUCUGUGCUUACUACCGAGGAACAUUGACAACAUGUCUUACUUGGCCCUCGACUCCAAUGCCUGGCAGGUAAGUUGUGACUGGAGAACUCCUCUAAAUCAUUCGUUCAAACGUCUGGGAUAAAGCCCAAAAUGACAUUUCGUUGCGUGCCGGCUUUUCAAAACCUUGGAAGCGCUGACUGCAGCGCGCCUUGGGACCGUCUGACGGGCCAUGGCGGCAUCAGUUCACUUGGAGGCGGCAACAGUUCGCCGUACUCGGGUGCCCACCACCACGGGCACCGAGGUAACGGCAACGGCGGUGGCAUGCCCCAUCACGGGGGCGCCUCGUUGCCCACCGCCUCGGACUUCCAGCCACCCUACUUCCCGCCACCUUUCCCCUCGCAUCAUCACGCGCCGAACAGUCCCCAGCAUCCGGGACUCGGACAACCCCAGCACCUCGACUACCUCGUCGGUGACCCCUACACCCAAACCCUCAACACCCUGCACCAGCACCACUACAACCACCUCAGCGCGGCCGUCACCGCCGGGCAGAGGAGUGGCGAUCUCAGGAGGGACACCGAGGCCAUCCACGUUACAAACAUGCACGCGUCGUUUCCAUACGACAGCGGUAGGAAUAGCGGCGGGGGCGGAGGUGGCGGAGGCGGUGGAGGCGGUGGUGGCGGCGGAGGCAGCGGCGGAAGGGGCGUCGAUUACGGGGCGGUGAGGCGUCCCGACGCUCUGCUGCCACCACCCGGCCUCGACCAGACCGACCUCGUGCUGCACACGAGCCUCGUGGACGACCCCCAGGUGAGCGACGAUAACACAAACGUCGACGACGGAGGUUUCAUGAACGACCUGCCACUGCUGAAAAACAUGAAACCAUCGGAGCGAGGAGAGAAGGCAAUGCUGUCGGGGAACGCGCAGCCCUCGGAUGUCUUCUGCUCAGUUCCUGGAAGGUUAUCGUUACUAAGCAGCACCAGCAAGUACAAAGUCACAGUCGCGGAAGUCCAGAGACGACUGUCGCCGCCGGAAUGCUUGAACGCGAGCUUACUCGGCGGUGUCUUACGAAGGGCGAAAUCCAAAAACGGCGGACGACUCCUCAGGGAGAAGCUCGAGAAAAUCGGACUGAACCUUCCCGCCGGCAGGAGGAAGGCUGCCAACGUCACACUUCUAACGUCCUUGGUGGAAGGAGAAGCAAUCCACCUGGCCCGAGAUUUCGGCUACGUCUGCGAAACGGAGUUUCCUGCGAAACAGGUCGCCGAGUACCUGAGCCGGCAGCACUGCGAGCCACAGGACUCCUACAGGAGGAAAGAACUUCUACACGCCACCAAGCAGAUCACCAAAGAGCUUAUGGACCUUCUGAAUCAGGACAGGUCACCCUUGUGCAAUACCCGACCGCAGCACAUCCUGGACCCGAGCAUACAGAGACACCUCACGCACUUCUCUCUGAUAUCGCACGGUUUCGGCAGUCCUGCCAUCGUCGCGGCUCUCACAGCAAUACAGAAGUUCCUAAGCGAGUCCCUGAACCACCUGGAGAAGAUGUACCCGGGAAACGGUAGCGGCGUGACCAGCAGUCAGCAGUCCUCCCUCGACGUCAAGAACAAGGACGGCAGCUUAAUGAACGACAUGAAGAAGUGACGCCCGGACGACCCGCCGACCUCGAACGUUGUCACCUCGAUAAGGCACUCAUGGCCUUACAAUUGAGGCGCCGUCUCGCCUCGAUAACCAGCGGCCAGUCGCCGUCGAUUUUUACCGAUCAAAUAGACGACGAUUUUUAUCCGAAGAGGGAGAGAGAGAGCGAGGAUCGGCCGGUCGAGUACUUAGCAAACGAUAUUAUAUACUUCAAACUCGCGCACAUCGAGGAGCCGAGAGCGACGAACACUUUAUAUACGUAUACAAAAUUUGUACGAUGUGUGAGGGACGACGAGACGGGAAGGAGAAAGGGUUGAGGAUAUCGUGCGUGAGAGGUGAAAAAAAUUCCACAAUGCCGUCCGAGGCUACUAUAUAAAUGGGAACGAUCGCGCGAGCAAGACGCAAUUCGUGUAAUAUAAGUACAUGUAUGUGCGAGAUCAUUAUGCAGGUGCCGCCGCUCAGUGGAACUAUUAUAUAAUAUGCGAUAUCGGACGGGAGUCGUCGUCAGUGAUGCGGCUUUGUCGUCGUUGUUGUUGCUGUUGUUGUUCAGGGUACUUUCGGAAGGAUCUCAUGCAUAUGUAUAGUUGUGCAGCAUUAUUUCGCGAGGAAUCUACUCGUAGAAAUGAAAGAGCAAAAUUCAUCGUUUCGAUUAGGAUCUGUCUCCGUAGCUUUGCACGUUUUUUUUGUUCGAAUUCCAUUGUACGAGACACACACACUCACGAUUUAUAUUGUAGAACGCAGCAGCUGAAUCGAGUUAUCGAAUUAGGGACCUAAUCUUUUUCACUUAACGAUAUAAAAUACGAGAUAUUCUAAAACUCAUAAGUAAUGUAAGAGAUGUAUACCAGAGAUUGUAAAAUUCGAGGUACUUUUUAUCGUUUAACAUAUUUCUAAGGAGUAUCGAGAAGGCUUAGGACAAUCUCUACGACUCACGCCCCUCCCACGCAGAAUCUCCGAGAAGAACACGAAAGGAUCAUCUUUUUUUUUAUUUUUACCGUUAAGAUAUACAAGGUGCGAGAAUAUUCUUCCCUGGUACGAUUUCUUUGCCACCUGCUCACGCAUACAGUGGUAUUAUAGAGACGUAGCGCAGAAUACCGCAAAUCUUUCAAUCAUCGUGCCAAUGCGUAAAAAAAACUUGCCAUUAUUGAGAUACGUGCCAAUUAUGUAGCGUCGACAGAGAAAAUGUAAUCGGACAUCGACGAGCCCGACGAUCUUGUAUAAUAAUAUAUAGGUCAAUGAGACGAGGAUGCGAGGGAGAGAGACGCGUAUUGUCUUACAAGAAUCGAGCGGCGAACACAUUCAAAUCGAGCUCUCGACUAUAUUAGGAGUAUAUAUACAUUCAUUUGGGUCUAAAAACCAAUCGAUCGCGAAUGGACGAAAUUUUUCGAUGCUGCAAGUCAUGAAUUUUAAUGGAUUUCGUCUUCGCCGCCCACGCUAUUUGCUCAAAUAUUUGCAAAGCGUAUGUACAAGCGUGCGUAUAUACUUAUACGCGUAUCGGGGAAAAUUAAUUUGCGCUUAACACGUUCGAUUAACUUUUUCAGCGAUAUACGUUGUAUAAGUACGCAGCAGCAGCGCGUAAUGGCGCGAUUUCCGCGCACGGUUGAAUCGGUCCACGAUAAAAAAGACGGGUUAAGUGUUACGCUUUGCUCGAGUCUCGGAAGAUAACAAGGUAAUAUACUGCAUGUCGUGUAUGUAUAUGUAUAUAUACUUCAAUACAUCUGUAAGUAUAAUGAGCGUGCGUAUAUAAGAAAAGAAAAGAAAAAUGAAGCAUACGCUCGGAUAAGCGAGAACGUUUUUCGCUUUCGCGUGAGAAUCGCAUGAAGUACAAUAUCAGGUGAACCUGAGACAUAUCUAACUUUGUAAACUAAAAAUCAUAGGAGUCUAUAUAAAGAGUAUAAUUUGCAAAUUGCGCUCUAAGUUUAAGUGAACAAAAUGAUGAAAAAAAGAAUAAGCUUGAGAGCAUUUGAUGCUCCAAGGUAAACCUGUACAGAGCAUUUGAAUCUUUCUUGUGAUAUAAUCAUAUACAAUUUAUUAAGAUACGAUAUAAAUACAUAAU